AUGCUGUCCUUAGCACUGUUCUACAUUUUGGCUGUUAUUUGCUCUGCCAGACGGACGCAUGCUCUACCACUGUAUCCAGACACAAGCUUGGAACCUCAAGAAGAGCUGAUCCAGAAGUUGGUGGCAGAGAUGGAGGAUGGAGAGAAUGCUGAGCUGACUGACCAGAGAGAGGUGAAGAAUCUCUACCCUCUCCUGAUACAGCGCAGUGGCGCCAGGGGUACAUGGAAUAAAGCAGGAGCUAAAGAUUCUGUGCAGCAGGAUAAAUUUGUCAACAUGGUUGAUGAUCUGAAGGCGGUGGUGUUGAAGCUCGCUGCAGCCGACAAGCUUCGCUCUCAGGGCUUCCUUCGGUCUGAGCAGAAUUUGCCGAAAACCAACAAGAGAGCUUGCUUCUGGAAAUACUGUGUGACAAACUAGAAGCUGUGUGCUGGAGGAGAACAAGAUCAUUUUUGACGAUACCUGGACAAGAACACCUUCUCACCACCCUCACCCCAAGCUGUGUCCCUUAUUAAAUAUUCAAAUUACAGCCCCAAGACAAUGGGUACAUUGUUCAUACAUAGAAACCUAGAGUAAAUGAUUGGUAGGAAAUAUAUUUUUUAAUCCAGUUGAAAAUGGCCUUGCAUUGAGGCUGGCUGACAAUAAAAUGAAAUAUACAGUA